UCUAAGGCAUUGACAUAGUGUCUGUCUUCAUGUGCAGUUGGGUACUUCCCACUCUCUUCUAUGAAAGAAGUCAGAAGUAAUUUUAUUGCUAUGUGAUGCAGUUAUUUUUGUGUUAUAAUUAUAGAACACAAUUCCAUCUAUUUAACAGUAACAAACAGGCCUGUUUUAAGAUUAUUCAACUUUUAGAAUGUUUUGUGUCUGUGAACCAUAUUUUAAUAUGAAUACAGAUCACACGACAGAAACAUAAUUGUCAGGAUAAACAUGAAUGUAUAUUGUCUCUUUGCUUUCAUAGCUCUUUGCUUAUCUCACAGUUUUUUUUUAAUAAUUGAAGGAUCCCAAACUGCUUUCAAUGGCCUAUUCUGCUGUUGGAAAACUUUCCAGCCGAAUACCUCAACUGUUUACCAAGGAUCUUGCACUGGUCCAACAAUUUUUUGAAGCUCUUUCUAAGGAAGACCCUGAUACCAGACUAGCUAUUCAGGAAGCUCUAUCCAUGAUGGUUGGUGCAUACACCAGUUUAGAAGGAGCACCUCGUACUCUCAUGGAGGCACUUGUAGCCUCUAACCUAAUCAAGCCUCAAGUCCAAGUCCGCCAAGUAGCUGUAAAAUUUGCCAGCACAGUGUUUCCUUCUGAUCACAUUCCUUCACGAUACUUGCUACUUCUAGCUGCAGGAGAUCCGCGGGAAGAAGUACAUGGAGAAGCACAACGUGCUCUGAGAACAUUUCCUGGUAAAAAUGAAAAGGAAAGUGCUGAUAAACAGAUGCCUUCAUUCCCAGAAAUGGUUCAAUAUAUUCAAGAGAAGGUACAGGACUUCAGCUUAAACCUCUGUGUAAUACUAUGGUACACACUGUUCAAAGUAUAGCCAUAAUACCGAACU